AUGACGUUCACCAAUAAGUUGGAAUUCUUAGGUCCAGUGACGCUUCUUACGUUCUCAUUAGAUGAGUCAUUGCUAUAUGUAGGUGUAGGAUCAACCAUCUUUCUCUAUGCAAUUGCAACGGGAAAACUACUGAAUGAACACAUUGUCUUGACGCGUGGUAUUCUACACGGCUGUGACAUCAUGAGACGUCCUGACGUAGCUACGAAUUGUUUUGCAGGCGUUUUCUUUGGCCAAAAGCACGUGUCUUGCUUUUAUGACUUGCCGCAAACUCCUGAAGCGGCUCAAAAGACUGAAAAGCUCAUGACAUUGGGCAAACCAAAAGUAUUUUGUGAUUGGGUAUUUGAUGCGCAUUUGCUCAUGGAGGACGUUGCGUCAAGAACAAAGGAAAACAAUCUACUGGUUGCAGUCGGACUUGCACACAAUUUUGUGCAAAUAUGGGAUCCCGCGAGUAAUAGCAUGUUACGUACCGUACAGUGUGCUGAACGGUGCAUUUUGUAUGCAUUAGCUUUUCACGGACGAUCGUUAGAUGAGUUAGUGGUCGCUUCUGGAACAGUAUUUCAACAGAUUUUGUUGUGGAAUCCGAUGGGAAAUGCAUUCAAAAACGCCAAAGUUACUGUUGAACCGGCGCAACGACUGCAUGCUCACGAUGGCGUGCUUUUCAAGCUGGCAUGGUCAUCUGAUGCGCGCUCGUUGGCCUCCGUCUCGGACGAUCGCACCGUGCAGUUGUGGUCAAAUAAUGGAAACUUAAAGGAAUCGCAGUUACAUUUGCCGAGAACACGAACCCGAGACGAACUGUUUCAGUGUGGGUACUCUCCAGUGUUCCGAGCUUGGGGUCACUCGGCGCGUAUUUGGGAUGUAUCUUUCUGGGAACGUGGUGUCGUAACAGCGAGCGAAGAUGGUCUUUCCAAGCUUUGGGAUCUCAAUGGCAACUGUUUAGCUACGUUGCAGGGACAUAUGGGCAGGAACGUGUGGCGUGUUGCUGUUCUUCCGUUGCAAAACAUAAUUGCCACGGGAGGCGGUGAUGGCGCUGUAAAACUCUGGGAUGUUACACGCCAGCUCAUGUCUUCAUCCGAUCGGCCGGGGUCAAGUGAUUCGUGCAAAACUAUUUGUAUUCCUGUUACGACAACAUCUGCUGCGUUGGAGAAGGAGAAGAAGAUUGGUACAUCAUCUCAUAGCGUGCGAAACAUCGUACUCAGUACUCUGGACUGCGGCAAGACGGCAUUUGUGGCGUCCGAGCACGGCGAGAUAUUUCAUCUGGACCUGCUGGGACUCACAGCAGAACAUGUAUCUAUCAUAUCUCCGACCGACGGCAACCUUGUUAAAGAUCGGACCGGUGGACUUUCAACAUUUGCAAUUGAUUCUUCUGGACGCUUCUUGUUACUUGGUGAAGUAUCGGGCCGCGUGUGUCUCGUUAAUGCAUCUACAGGAAUUUUGUUGUACUCGUGGACUACCCAGACUAAUGUUCGCGUUAUGAAAGUAUGGUGGGACCAGGAAGAUGCUAUUUUUGUUAGUAGUGCCAACGGCGUUCUCACUGAGUGGAGAUCCACUGUUCGAGGAGCGUGCGACAGCUUAACACCACUAUCCAUCGCAAUACAUCUUGUGGCGACAUUCCAGAUCCUAGCCAAGAGCUCGAUCUCAUCGAUUUUGGUUGUAGAUCGAUCACCUAAGGUCAAGAACAUUGUGGGAGGCGACGGACAUGGCAACUUGUACAUCUUCCAUCGCUCAUCUGCUUUAGAGGGAGGCGGUUGCGAAGUUGAUAUGGUGCGACCUCCUGAUUACGUGCUUAAAGGCGUCCAUGGACGUGAAUUGGUGGCAACACUAUUACUUGGCGAUGUUCAAGACUGCCAUAUUGCUAUGCUUUCGGGAGGUCACGAUGGGUACAUUUGCUCAUAUGCACUGAAAGAAGAUACGAGUGGAGCACUGACAGCUACACAGUUAGGCCGUAAAUCCAUUCGAGGAAUCUCUACCGUCAAGCAGCUUCAGUGGAGACAACAGGCAUCUUUUGACGGCAAGACAAAGAAUGAUCUCAUGGUAUUUGGCUUCCACGCAUCGUACGCUGUUUUGUACAACAUGUCUGCGCAGUAUCGUGUCUUCAAGGUGGAAUGCGGUGGCUGGCGCCGCCCCCAUGCGCUUUGUAUCGGUAGUAAUGGGGCCAUGCCGGCCAUUCCCUCUCAUACGUUUGUGUUUACUCCUCCAACGCAAAAGCAAUACGUCGAAAUCAAAGUGCAUUCGACAUCAGAGGACAACAGUCUUAUGCUGCAUCGUCGCCGUACACAAUGCGAUCAAGGGAAAAGCAAAAUUUUGCGCUGGGGCAGCGUGGCUUCAGGAGUUGCCCAUACGACUACCGUUCGAGCUCUCGCGACAUUCAGACGCAUUAAUUCUGAUGGUGUUGAGGAAUACACCGUGCUCUCAGGGGGCGGAAAGCAGCGCCUAAAUGUGUGGCGACUUUCUGGCGAAUAUGAUGUCCUCCGUCAUGUUUGCGGCCAGGAACGUGCGGAAGCAGCUCAGGACCAUCGUAUCCUUGGCCUUGCGACGCUUACGAUUCCGUAUGUCUCGGAUACUUAUCGACUUGUGACUGCUUGCAACUCCGAAGGCUCCACUCAAUUACUACUGCUGGAUGUGGACAACGGUAGGCUCUUUGAGCUUGGCGAAUGCCGUUCGGCCUCGAGAAAACCAAUUCUGUCAUGCAUAGGUUUUCAGGAAGGUGACGCGGAGGCAAUGGUUGCCGGACUAGCACUUGGCUCCACUGAUGGUUUGGUGACAUUGUGGGACCUAAGCUUGCUGCUGAAAGAAAUUGGAUCGUUUGUUCAGUCCUAUGAUGACCUAGGACUGCUCAAGGAAAAGCUGUUGCGGCUGAUCAGUGAUUUACAGCCAUGUGGGAGCUACUUGGCACACGAUAUGGGCACUAACUGCAUCGAUCUUGUCUCUUGUGUGAAAAGUACGGAAGGAGGUAGUCUUGAUGUAACAAUCGUCAGCGGAGGAGAUGACCAGAAUUUGAAUCUGCAUGAGCUACGCUUCCCAUCAUGCCAAACACUUUUUAAAUCCUGGACAGUAAAUGCCAGUGGUUCAGCUAUUAAGACGCUUGCAUGUGUGAAUUCCCAACAUAUUUUUGUGGCCGGCUACGACCAACGCGUGAGCAAAUGGAGUAUUCAGCGCAACGAGAAUGGCUAUAUGCUAGAGUGGCAAGGUGCUAUAUUCUCGGAAUGCGCUGACAUUGCCGACCUCGCAAUUCGAGAAAGUUUAGAUGGAACAGCUGACGAAAUUGUUGUCGUUGGUCAAGGCCUGCAGAUGAUGCGGUUCCAGCGCAGUAUUUCAACAAAUAUCACGCCACCUUCUGAAGGAGCGUCGGUGCAACAAGAAUAA